UGGACCGGCCCCGGCGGCCAUUUUGCCGUGAGACAGCAGGAGUUAGGCGCUAUGCUUUCCACUGCCGCUUACCGGGAUCCGGACCGAGAGCUGGGAAUGGGGCCUCACGGCUCCGCCGGCCCUGUGCAGCUGCGGUUUUCGCCUUAUGCCUUCAACGGAGGUACUGUAUUGGCAAUUGCUGGAGAAGAUUUUUCCAUUGUUGCUUCAGACACUCGGUUGAGUGAAGGAUUUUCAAUUCAUACCCGAGAUAGCCCCAAAUGUUACAAACUAACAGACAAAACAGUCAUUGGCUGCAGUGGCUUUCAUGGAGACUGUCUCACCUUGACAAAGAUCAUUGAAGCAAGAUUAAAGAUGUACAAGCAUUCCAAUAACAAGGCCAUGACAACGGGGGCGAUUGCCGCCAUGCUGUCCACCAUCCUGUACUCACGGCGCUUCUUCCCUUACUAUGUUUACAACAUCAUCGGGGGACUUGAUGAAGAAGGAAAGGGAGCUGUGUACAGCUUUGACCCAGUGGGCUCUUACCAGAGAGACUCUUUCAAGGCGGGAGGCUCCGCAAGUGCUAUGCUGCAGCCUCUGCUCGACAACCAGGUUGGUUUCAAAAAUAUGCAGAAUGUGGAGCAUGUCCCCCUGACUCUGGACAGAGCCAUGAGGCUGGUGAAAGAUGUCUUCAUUUCUGCAGCUGAGAGGGAUGUGUAUACUGGAGAUGCCCUCAGGAUCUGCAUUGUGACCAAAGAGGGCAUCAGGGAGGAGACUGUUACCCUGCGGAAAGACUGAUGUGUGGGCCAUGUAUUGGAGCUGUGGCACAACUUUGUUUUAUUAAAAAGAAAUGUAAAAUA